AUGGUGGCUUUAACACAAGGAUCAAUUCCUGAAGUAAAGGAAACCGAACCAAGAGCCUGUCUUAGGGAGCGGACUGAACGGAUCAGGAAUUUCACCGAUUUGGGGCCUCCUGAUCUUGUGAAUUUAUUGAAAUAUAACUCGAAUCAAAAGCAACAAACCAUCAGCACAUUUCUUUAUUACACCGGGGUGGAUACCACAAGUUCUUCAUCGAUUGCUGCUCAUUUGAAUUUGUUGGCAAAUGUUAUCAGCAGCACUUCGCAAAUUUGGUUUGGUAAACCAAAACAUUGGAAGGUUCAACAAGCCACUUAUGCGGUAUACAAUGUGUUUUCCAAAGUUGACACUAGAGUUACUGUCCAUAUUCCAGGGAAAGUGGAAACUAUGAUAAUCGAUUCGAAAGGUGAACCGAUUCAAGAAACUGACAGAUUAUGGCUCGAGACUUUUGUAUCGGCCACCAUCAGAUCGUUGUUGAGCUGUUCCACUGAGGAAGAAGAAAUCAAUCCAGUGGUGGAAUGCAGAAAUUUGAACCCAUUCCCAACAAUUGAAUUGGCGAGACAAUUUUUAGAUGCCUAUGAAGUUUUAUUUUUCGAAGGUCCAAAACUAGGCUGUGAUAUUGAUGUGCAAAUUCCAACUCUUGUCUCCAAUUAUUUCACCGAUUGUUUUAUGAAGACUUUAGAAUUAACUAAUGAAUAUGAUUAUGGGCUCGGAAUACUAGAAAGAUUAAAGGAAAAAGAUACUUGCGUAUUAUCAUUGAUUGCCAAUGUGUAUUUUAUGAAAGAUCAAGAAGUCAAGGCCAUUAAUAUGUUGUACAACUCGAUACAAUUACGUCCAAGAGACGCCAAUUUAUUGAUGUUACAAACCGAAUACUGUAUCAAAAAGGAAAUGUAUGAUUUUGCAUUAACCUGUGCCACACACGCUGUUAAAGCGUCGCCAUCAGAAUAUAAGCCAUGGUCUCUACUUGUUAAGGUGUACACCAUCAUUGGGGAUUUUGAGAAUGCUUUGUUGACAUUGAACUCUUGUCCAAUGAUACCUCAUCGUGAUAAGUUCCACUUAAGAAGAGUCGUUGGCGCUUCUCCAGAAUCAAUGCAUUUGCCAUUACCUAUUGAUGCUACUUUGGACGAAGUUAGUGCCUUGAACGCCCAAGACGUGGCUGCUGAACACCAAUCUGUGGAUCCAAAUUUGUUGAGUUUACCUGCUGCUAAUUUGAAGUCAACAUUUGCUAAAGCAUAUGAAUUAUUAACAGAAAUCGUUCAUAGAACCGGUUGGGAGCAAUUAUUAAAGUAUAGAGCUAAAGUGUUUGUCAUGGAGGAAGAAUAUAGAAAGGAUAAAAGCAAGUCGAGUAGCAAGAAUGCCAGUACCGAAAACCAAGCGACUCCGAAUCCUGAAGCCGUGAAAUCUCCAGAAGUUCCCGACACACAUUCAGAUAACAAUGAAGAAACGUCCAUUUUGCAAGCAUUCAAGAAAAAGAGAUUAUGUGAAAGAUGGCUUGAUAAUUUGUUUAUGUUGUUGUACGAAGAUUUAAGAGCCUUCAAAAUGUGGCAGGCCGAAUUCAUUCAUUUCCAAUCACAAAGAUUGGUAUAUAAAAAGAACACCCUCGAAUGGGAAUUACUAGGAUCAAUUGCUUACAGAUUGCACAACUAUAAAGAAGCUUCUGGCGCGUUUUCAAAUGCUUUGAGUGGCAGAUUCAGUGUCAAAUCUACAAAGAAACUCCUUACCUAUUAUCAGGACGAGAAGAAAAGUUUAAUCAAACAGUCAUUGCAAACGAGCAAUGGAAAUAGUAAUGGUCCAAACGGGGUCGUUAGUAACGAUAGCACUCCAAAACUCAAUGGUGGGUCAAAGAAACCAUUGUCAUCCCAUCAAAUACAAAAAAGAAUCCAAACUUUGGACGCGAAGAUUUUGGAUGCUAUUGUAAAAUUGGCAGUAUGGAACCACAGAUGGUACCGUGAAUUCGACAUUUUGACAAUCCAAGCUCUCAAAGAUUUGAUAGAAGAGGACGGGUUAAUUAAGGUUAGAUCACAGGUUCAGGCGUUGUAUGUCACCGAUAAGAAUGGGGUAGGGUCUUUAUUGGAAGAUUAUUUCAGCUUUUUGAAAUCUAUUCAUAGCUAUGGUGUUGCUGAGAAGGACGAUAACUGA